CGUCUGUUCGACCGUUAGUGACGCCGGAGCAGCCGGAGAAGAGUGUGCGGUCUGUCAGUCGCUCUGUGGGUCGUUUCUCUGAAAAUACUCCGAAAUUCACAUUCGAAUCCAAACCGAACGGUUUAGGAACAAUGGCCGAAGGCGACAACAAAAGCGCAAACCUGCUGGCUCAGGAAACGGCCCAACUGGAGGAGCAGCUGCAGGGCUGGGGUGAAGUGAUCCUGGCCGGGGACCGAGUCCUGCGCUGGGAGAAGCCGUGGUUCCCUGGAGCCCUGAUGGGCGCCACCACUGUCCUCUUCCUGCUGAUUUACUACUUGGACCCGUCAGUGCUGACUGGACUCUCCUGCACCGUCAUGCUGCUCUGCCUGGCCGACUACCUGGUACCGACCCUGGCUCCCCGAGUGUUCGGCUCCAACAAGUGGACCACCGAGCAGCAGCAGCGUUUCCAUGAGAUCUGUGGUAACCUGGUGAAGACUCAGCGUCGCAUCGUCGGCUGGUGGAAGCGUCUCUGUGCCCUGAAGGAGGAGAAGCCCAAAAUGUACUUCGCCUCAGUGAUCAGCAGCCUGCUGGCAGUCGCCUGGAUCGGACAGCAGGUGCACAACCUGUUCCUCACCUACCUGAUCGUGAGCUUCCUGCUGCUGCUGCCAGGCCUGAACCAGCACGGCAUCAUCACGAAGUACGCCGGCAUGGCCAAGAGGGAGAUCAACAAGCUGCUGAAGCAGAAGGAGAAGAAGAACGAGUAGACGGACGUUUGGGCGAAGAUGGAAAUCUCAAAGACGAACCGACGACAGGCAACGAAGGUGGAAGAAAGUUUGGAUAAGAAGAAGAAGCAGGAGAACAGAAACUCCGCUGAGCCUCCUGCUUUCAGUCUCUGAGCGAGACGUCACUGUUAUGUUUGGUUUUUCACACAUUGGAUAAGUUUAAUUUUUUCCCUCCACCUUGUCACAUUUCAACCUCAGCACCCACCCCGUUUGUUUUUUAUUUUGUUUGUUUUUUUUUUUCUUUUAAACGAUUCUGCCGAGCAUGCAGCCACCAAAUGAAGGUUCUCACAUGAAAAGUUGAACACGGGCGGCGUAAACACACUGUUAAACACCUCUCUGUUUCCUAGAUUAGGUGUGCUCUGUUUUCAGGUGUCAGUAUUGCUUUGAAGCCAUUCCCUCUACUUAGACUAAGUCACUACUGAGCAGUUUUUGUAGCAUUACUGCAUCAUUUUAACAACACGAAUCAUUUAUUUUUGUCACACAAGCGCAGGUUAAUGAGCCUCUUUGUGCUUAUUCUGCUUUGGUUGUGUUUAAACUUAGUGCUGAAAACAAAAACUGGAUUUAAAGCCGAGCUCAUCGGGAGGCUCUUCGCUGCUAGCUGGACUCUGGUCUAUUAGCGCUUCGAUUAAACCUCAGCAGUGUUUCAUGGCUGUGGGGUCUCUGUGUAAAUAGGCCUUUCCCUCAUUCUGUCUCCGUCUGUCGUCCUUUUCUUGUUAUUUAUGUGUUCUUUCCUGCUCAAGCUCCUCCUUUCCAGUCUCUUAAACUCAUUUCAUUGUUUGUCUUUAUUGGAGAUCUUUACGAAAAUCAAUAAAAUUUGAUUUAAAUGGA